GGCUGCUUGCUUCCAGCUUGGCUUGAAAGUGCAACCUUAAUAAAACUCACUGAAGUCUGAGAGAAAAUAGCAGUUCUGCAGCAGAUAGUGUAGGGGAAAGAGACUGGGACAUGCAUAUGCAGCUGACUAAAGCAGGCUACAUGCUGGACUGUAACAGAGAGGAAACAAUAAAUCUUAACUACUAUGCAAUAAAUAUUCCCAAUUUUAACUAAGGAAGCUAUCCUCAUAGUGAAAUUAAAAAAAUAAGUUUAUCCAAGCUUGAUUACUAAAGUGUGCUUCUCCAGACCUUUUUUGCAAAGACUUUAAGGGAAAUUAAGAAAAAAUUUAAAGAAAGAGGAAGAAAAAGUUUUUCUUAAAGCAGGAAAGGAAAGUAGUAAUAACAUGUCAAUUUUCCUUUCCUUUGCUUUCCUGGCAGCGAUUCUUGCUCAUAUAGGCUGUAAUAACCAGCGUCGGGGUCCAGAAGCCAGUGGGAGAAGAUUUAACCGGAUCCAGCAUGGGCAGUGCACCUAUACUUUCAUUCUGCCAGAACAGGACGGGAACUGUCGUGAAAGCACGACAGACCAGUACAACACAAACGCUCUUCAGAGAGAUGCUCCUCACGUGGAACAGGAUUUCUCUUCCCAGAAACUGCAACAUCUGGAACAUGUGAUGGAAAAUUACACUCAGUGGCUGCAAAAACUUGAGAACUACAUUGUGGAAAACAUGAAAUCGGAGAUGGUGCAGCUGCAGCAGAAUGCUGUGCAGAACCACACCGCCACCAUGCUUGAGAUCGGGACCAGCCUCCUCAGCCAGACAGCAGAGCAGACGAGAAAACUCACAGAUGUUGAAACCCAGGUGCUAAAUCAAACAUCCAGACUUGAAAUCCAACUACUGGAAAAUUCACUGUCAACAUACAAGCUAGAAAAACAGCUGCUACAACAGACACACGAAAUCCUGAAAAUUCAUGAGAAGAACAGUUUGCUUGAGCACAGAAUUUUAGAAAUGGAAGAAAGGCAUAAAGAGGAGCUGGACACUUUAAAAGAGGAAAAAGAGAACCUACAAAACUUGGUCACACGACAAAGCUACAUAAUUCAGGAACUAGAGAAGCAGUUAAACAAGGCAACAAGCAAUAACAGUGUCCUGCAGAAACAGCAGCUUGAAUUGAUGGAUACAGUUCACACUCUGAUCACCCUCUGUUCCAAGGAAGGAGUUUUACUAAAGAAUGCAAAAAAGGAAGAAGAAAAGCCUUUCAGAGACUGUGCAGAUGUAUACCAGUCUGGUUUUAACAAAAGUGGAGUCUACACUAUUUUUAUUAACAAUGUGUCAGAUCCUAAAAAGGUCUUUUGCAAUAUGGAAAUUGCUGGAGGAGGAUGGACGGUUAUACAGCACCGAGAAGAUGGGAGUCUGGAUUUCCAAAAAAGCUGGAAAGAAUACAAAAUGGGUUUUGGUAGCCCAUCAGGUGAACAUUGGCUGGGAAAUGAAUUUAUCUUUGCAAUAACAAGUCAGAGGCAAUAUUCUCUAAGAAUUGAAUUAAUGGACUGGGAAGGAAACCGGGCAUAUUCACAGUAUGACAGAUUUCACAUAGGAAAUGAAAAGCAGAAUUACAGGCUUUAUUUAAAAGGCCACAGUGGAACAGCUGGAAAACAGAGCAGCCUGAUCUUACAUGGUGCUGAAUUCAGUACAAAAGAUGCUGACAAUGACAACUGCAUGUGUAAAUGUGCUCUCAUGUUGACUGGAGGGUGGUGGUUUGAUGCCUGCGGCCCCUCCAAUCUCAAUGGGAUGUUCUACACAGCUGGACAAAAUCACGGAAAGCUCAACGGCAUCAAGUGGCAUUACUUCAAAGGCCCCAGCUACUCCUUGCGCUCCACCACCAUGAUGAUUCGGCCCUUGGACUUCUAAAGGCAUUCAGCAGUGGAUCCCAGAACAAACCAGGACAACACUGCUCUCAGCAGCAUUGCAGUCUGAAGGAAAAAAGGUGAAGGGCUUCUUGAAAGCAACACGUAGGGAUGACGCAAAGUUGCUUCAUUGUCACUCCAUAAUAAAACUUUUUAGCAGUCACCCCACGUUUUGAUGAGUGGGUGAGGCUUGGUUUAGAGGAAGGUGGCUUCAGUGCUUUUCCAGAGAAGAACAACUGGAUCUGGUUAUUCUGCCCGAAUCUGGUGCUUGUCAGAGGAUAUUUUUGUUCUUUUAACGCAAAAAACAUACUAGAUUAUUCAGCAACAGCAUCAGAAUUUGAAGAACUGAAAAGUAUCGACCACAGUCUAUUGAGUAGAAUGUUAUUCAGCAGUGAAAUGCCAACAUUAUGUCCAUGAAAAAGGACUACGGAGACACCUUUAUUAAAAUGCAUCUUAAAGCACUCAAGGUGACCACUCCAAGUAUUGUUUUUCUUAAAUGAACUGAAUUUGAAUGGUGGAUGGAUUUACUUUAAUCCAAGAGUCAUAUAAUUUGUGCAAAUAUUACUUUUCAUUAAAUCCUUUAAGGACAUAUUUCUCAUAAAUAAUCUGAGUCAAAUGUAUGAAGAAAGAUAAGGCUAAUAAGCAUAAAUUCUUCAGUUGCUCUGUAGAGGUAAAUCAGAUAAUUGGCAUAAUCCCUGAGCUAAGAUUUAUAGUGUGCUAACAAAAGUAGCUGUGUUUUGAGGUUUUUCCCUUCUUUCAUUAAAGGCAGUCUGAAUGUCAUACAGAAAAAUUAAUGGAAGGUUUAAAGAAUGUGAAAUAUUAUCCUAAAGAAAAUAUGGGAUUUUGCAUGGAAUAUUUCCAUCAAAAGUACACAGGAAGGCAAACUGUUAGGAUAUAUAAAAAUGACAUAAAUGCAUAGCUUAAGGCAAUGGAUUCAGUUUACAGUAUCCUUGCAUGUGCGCAAUUUAUCAUUAAUUCUUUUACUUUUUUAUUAAAUUUUCCUUUCUUCACUGUAUUAUUACAUUUUUGUGAAUAUCGGAAGCAUGCCAGUUUUACACAGUUCUUAGGCUACAACUAUAAAAAAUACUCAUCAGAAUUGUAUAGAAAAUAAAGAAUUGUGAACUUGUAAAUAGCAUGUUUAUAUUUCCUGUAACGGUCAUUUAAUUUGUACAGGCAGCCCUGACCCUUCACAAAGGGUGUAAAGCCUCAAGAGGAUAUAAAUAUUAAAAGAAGUUUAGAAGACAGCUUACAAGUAAUUUUGUUAUAUUAAAAUGUUGCAGAAGUGUGUGGCAAGAUGCACAAUUCAACUAUUAGACAAGAUAAACUCUUUCCAUUUACAGCCCCUCCUGAUUUAGUCAUAUGAAAAAAGUCCAUUUGGGAAAGUAGCUUGCAGUCAUUCUAAUUCUGCAAUAUAUGAAAGGAAAAACCCUGCUCCCACUGAAAUCAAAAGUAACAUUCUCAUCGAUUAAAUUGGGACCAACAUGAUGUGCAAAAUCUGAAUGUGGAGAGUUUGUUGAUUUUGUGUGUUGCUUUGUUUCCUUCAUGAAACUAUUUUGAGAUUAGGCACAACAAAGACCUGAUUCUUUUUUAAAGAAUGAUGAUAAUAGAGCAACUGCUUUGCUUUUUUCUUGUUUUCCUCUUUUUUUUUUUUUUUCCUUAGCAGUUUAUUUCUGUGGGAUAGAAAAAAAAAAAACUGCUUGGAUUUUUUUAAACAUCCCUUCUUAAAGAUCACAAGGCCUCACAGGGUUCUCUGUUUUUAUUACGAUUUGAUGUUUGUUUGGUUUUAAGCGGGAAGAUCUUUGUUUUUGUGUAUUUGUAUAUAUUUAUAUAUAUAUUUGAAAUAAUCUUGCCUAAGGGUUUAUUUGCUGUUUUCUGCUGAAUAAGUUACCAAACUACUCCUUACUUAGCAGUUUCUUCACAGAGCCGUUUUGUCUCAGUUUCCAACAGUUUUUUGAAAUGGUCUUCAUUUAUGUGCCAAAUAUGUAGUCCGUCUUCCUCCAUAUCCUCAAAAGAUAUAUUUUUGCAGGUCUCCAAGUUAGGAAUGCCAUUUUUGCAGAUCCUAUUGCAAAAGGCAAAACACAUUUAAAAGCAAAAGCAUGAUAUUUACUGUUUAUUUAUCUGGGUUUGAAAAAAAUGUGAAUUUGGUUUCCUAUCCUUUAUAAUAAAACAUUUUAAAAAA